AGAUGCGGUUACCCAGGCAGCAGGGAGGGAGGCUUUAUCACAGACACUCACUCUCUGCAUGGGUGAAGAGAGACUGAAGGAUAUCAGCUCUACCUCUGGCCCUUUCCCACUUUCUAUCCUGUGAUUUGUACUCUGGCAUAGAACAGAAGCCACCUGAUGAGGUGGGGGCUUGUUUCCUUGGAUGACUGGCAUCUCUGCCAAUAAGACAAGCAUCCUGAGAGGACUUCUGGAAGUGAUUGAGAGCUAGUUGUCUCCGUGUUGGGAUCAGUGAGAGGGCAGCCAUGGCUCACGCUGCAGCUCACAUUAAGAAGGCCAGGUCCGAGAUGGACCAGCCUCCGGACCUGAAGGCUCUGGAGAAAGCCAAAGAGAGGAGGAGGCGUUCCCGCGAACGGGCUGAACGCAAGCGCAAGUCGGACAGUAACACCAGUUUCCUGCGAGCAGCUAGAGCAGGAAACAUCGACAAGGUUUUGGAAUAUCUGAAAGGCGGAGUGGACAUCAGCACCUGCAAUCAGAAUGGUCUUAAUGCACUGCACCUUGCAGCCAAGGAGGGCCAUGUGGAGCUGGUCCAGGAGCUGCUGGAGAGAGGCGCCGCAGUGGAUUCAGCCACAAAGAAAGGAAACACAGCACUUCACAUAUCCUCCCUAGCUGGCCAGAAUGAAGUGGUGAAGAUCCUGGUGAAAAGAGGGGCUGACAUCAAUGCUCAGUCUCAGAAUGGCUUCACUCCUCUGUACAUGGCCGCCCAGGAGAACCACAUGGACGUGGUGCGAUACCUGCUGGAGAAUGGAGGCAACCAGAGCACUGCGACUGAGGAUGGCUUCACCCCUCUAGCCAUUGCCCUCCAGCAGGGACACAACCAGGUGGUUUCUGUCCUACUGGAGAACGACACUAAAGGCAAAGUCCGCCUGCCUGCCUUGCACAUCGCUGCCCGCAAGGACGACACCAAGUCAGCCGCCCUGCUCCUCCAGAACGACCACAACGCUGAUGUCCAGUCGAAGAUGAUGGUCAAUAGGACUACUGAGAGUGGAUUCACCCCACUGCAUAUAGCUGCCCACUAUGGCAACGUCAAUGUGGCAACGCUGCUGCUGAACCGAGGGGCAGCAGUGGACUUCACGGCCAGGAAUGGGAUUACUCCUCUACAUGUGGCCUCCAAGCGGGGAAACACCAACAUGGUGGGCCUGUUACUGGACCGCGGCUCCCAGAUUGAUGCUAAAACAAGGGACGGGCUGACUCCGCUACACUGUGCGGCCCGGAGUGGACAUGAUACAGCCGUGGAGCUGCUGCUGGAGAGAGGAGCGCCUCUACUGGCCAGGACCAAGAAUGGGCUGUCUCCUCUCCACAUGGCAGCACAAGGCGACCAUGUGGAAUGUGUCAAACACCUUCUGCAGCACAAGGCUCCGGUUGACGACGUGACGCUGGACUACCUGACGGCGCUACAUGUGGCGGCUCACUGCGGUCACUACCGAGUCACCAAGCUGCUGCUGGACAAGAGGGCCAACCCCAACGCCAGGGCUCUGAACGGCUUCACUCCGCUGCACAUCGCCUGUAAGAAGAACCGAGUGAAAGUAAUGGAGCUGCUGGUGAAAUAUGGAGCCUCCAUCCAGGCCAUCACAGAGUCUGGGUUGACUCCCAUCCAUGUAGCAGCCUUCAUGGGUCACCUGAACAUCGUCCUGCUGCUGCUGCAGAACGGAGCCUCGCCCGACGUCAGCAAUAUUCGUGGGGAAACGGCGCUCCACAUGGCGGCGAGGGCGGGGCAGGUGGAGGUGGUCAGGUGUCUGCUGAGGAAUGGAGCGAUCGUGGACGCCAGGGCGCGGGAGGACCAGACUCCGCUCCACAUUGCGUCCCGUCUUGGGAAGACGGAGAUCGUGCAGCUGCUGCUGCAGCACAUGGCCCACCCCGACGCCGCCACCACCAACGGCUACACGCCGCUGCACAUCUCGGCCCGGGAGGGCCAGGUGGAGACGGCCUCCGUCCUGCUGGAGGCCGGAGCCUCACACUCACUGGCCACCAAGAAGGGCUUCACUCCCCUUCAUGUGGCCUCCAAGUAUGGAAGCCUGGAUGUGGCCAAACUUCUGCUGCAGCGUUGUGCUCCACCUGAUUUUGCUGGGAAGAACGGCCUCACCCCGCUCCAUGUGGCAGCACAUUAUGAUAACCAGAAGGUGGCGCUCCUGCUCCUGGACAAAGGAGCGUCCCCCCACACCAUGGCCAAGAACGGAUACACUCCUCUCCACAUCGCUGCUAAGAAGAACCAGAUGGAGAUCGCCACGGUGCUGCUGCAGUACGGAGCAGAAACCAACAUCCUGACCAAGCAGGGAGUCACUCCGCUCCACCUGGCCUCCCAGGAGGGCCACGCUGACAUGGCCGACCUGCUCAUGAGCAAGGGAGCCCAGAUCAACGUCCAGACCAAGAGCGGCCUGACUGCCCUCCAUCUGGCAGCCCAGGAGGAUAAAGUUGCUGUUGCUGAGAUCCUUGCCAGCAACGGAGCCAACCUCGACCAGCAGACCAAAUUGGGAUACACCCCGCUUAUUGUAGCGUGUCACUAUGGUAACGCCAAGAUGGUCAACUUCCUGCUUCAGAAUGGAGCCAGUGUCAAUGCCAAGACCAAGAAUGGAUACACUCCCCUCCACCAGGCAGCCCAGCAGGGAAACACACACAUCAUCAACGUCCUGCUGCAGAGCGGCGCCAAGCCUAAUGCUAUCACUGUGAAUGGUAACACAGCACUGGGAAUCGCCCGGAGGCUGGGCUACAUCUCAGUGGUGGAUACUCUGAGGGUCGUCACUGAGGAGAUCAUCACCACCACUACGACGGUGACGGAGAAACACAAGCUGAACGUGCCAGAGACCAUGACUGAAGUGCUGGACGUCUCUGAUGAAGAGGGUGAUGACACCAUGACAGGUGACGGAGGGGAGUACCUGAGGGCGGAGGACCUGAGGGAGCUAGGAGACGACUCGCUGCCAGGACAGUACCUGGACGGGAUGAACUACCUCCGCUUCAGCCUGGAGGGGGGGCGCACCGACAGUUCCGACAGGUCUUUCACCCCCACCCACCACAGCUACUACUCCCCCAAACAUGAAGGCAUGAUGGAGGAGCUGCUCACCAGCCACCAGGUUUCCUCACUGAGCAGAGAGAAUGAGAGGGACUCAUACCGUCUGAGUUGGGGCACAGAGAACCUGGACAACGUGGCGUUAUCCUCCAGCCCCAUCCACUCUGGCCAUUCCUCUCCGUGUCCUGAUCAUGGAGACCACAGCAGCUUCCUGGUCAGCUUCAUGGUGGACGCCAGGGGCGGAGCCAUGCGUGGUUGCCGGCACAACGGCCUCCGCAUCAUCAUCCCACCCAGGAAGUGCAGCGCGCCCACACGGGUGACCUGCCGGCUGGUGAAGAGGCACCGACUGGCCACCAUGCCCCCCAUGGUGGAGGGGGAGGGCCUGGCCAGCAGGCUGAUCGAGGUGGGGCCCUCUGGGGCCCAGUUCCUCGGUAAACUCCACCUCCCCAGUGCGCCUCCACCUCUUAAUGAGGGAGAGAGUUUGGUUAGCAGAAUCCUCCAGCUCGGCCCGCCGGGGACAAAAUUCCUCGGCCCUGUGAUCGUGGAGAUCCCCCACUUCGCUGCUCUGCGGGGGAAAGAGAGGGAGCUGGUGAUCCUGAGGAGUGAGACCGGAGAGAGCUGGAAGGAGCAUCACUGUGAACACACCCAGGAGGAACUCAACCAGAUACUCAACGGCAUGGACGAGGAGCUGGACACCCCAGAGGAGCUGGAGAGGAAGCGUGUUUGUCGUAUCAUCACUAGAGAUUUCCCACAAUAUUUUGCGGUGGUGUCACGCAUCAAGCAAGACAGUAAUCUGAUUGGACCUGAAGGAGGAAUCCUGAGUAGCACUGUUGUUCCCCAAGUCCAGGCGGUGUUUCCUGAGGGAGCCCUCACCAAGAGGAUCAGGGUCGGACUGCAGGCCCAGCCAGUGAGUGUGGAUGUAGUGAGGAAGAUCCUGGGGAACAAGGCCACCUUCAGCCCCAUCGUGACCCUGGAGCCCCGCAGGAGGAAGUUCCAUAAACCCAUCACCAUGACCAUCCCCGUCCCCAAGAGCAACUCUGACCUGGUCCUCAAUGGCUUUGGAGGGGACACCCCCACAUUACGACUACUCUGUAGUAUAACGGGUGGAACGACGCCGGCUCAAUGGGAGGACAUAACUGGAACCACUCCAUUAACAUUCAUCAAUGACUGUGUCUCCUUCACCACCAAUGUGUCUGCAAGAUUCUGGCUGAUCGACUGUCGGCAAAUACAGGAAUCUGUCAAUUUCUCCACUCAGGUGUACCGAGAAAUCAUUUGUGUCCCUUACAUGGCCAAAUUUGUGAUCUUUGCCAAGACCCACGAUCCCAUUGAGGCCCGGCUGCGGUGCUUCUGCAUGACAGACGACAAGAUUGACAAAACCCUCGAGCAACAGGAGAACUUUACUGAGGUGGCCCGCAGUCGAGAUGUCGAGGUCUUGGAAGGCAAACCCAUCUAUGCAGACUGCUUUGGAAAUAUUGUUCCACUCACCAAAAGUGGCCAGCACCAUCUCUUCAGCUUCUUUGCCUUUAAGGAGAACAGACUAGCACUAUUUAUUAAAAUCAGGGACAAUACUCAGGAGCCAUGUGGCCGUCUGUCCUUUAUGAAAGAACCCAGGAACUACAGGUCACUCACCCAAAACGCCAUAUGCAACCUCAACAUCACCCUCCCAUCAUACUGCAAGGAGUCCGAUUCGGACCAAGAGGAAGAGAACGGCCGAACGCUAGAGAAAUAUGAAGAGACGGCGACAUCAGUCCUGAAAUCAGAGCUGAUUCGAGAGCCAGACCUCCUAUCCGACGUGUCAGAGAUGAAACAAGAUUUGAUCAAAAUGACUGCCAUCUUGACUGCAGACUCCACAGAGAAAUCCCCUUCCUUAGGAAGAUGUGGUCUAGAGAAAGGGACUGAGGAUGUUUCUGGAGAGCCAUUAGAAAUAAUGGAGAAGGACUUAGAGAAAGUCAAAGAGGACCUAGAGAAAGUCAGUGAGAUACUGAGGAGUGGAACAUAUGAGGGUGAGGCAGCAGAGGAGGCAGAAAAAGCAGCUAGAAUGGCUGAGGAGUGGGUUCUCCUCUCAGACAGUGAAAUAGAGGAGGCCAAAAGGAUGGCAACCCUAGAAACUCAAGAGCCCAUCUUACGGGAAACUAGAGCUAACAGAGGGGCCCCCAGACCUAAAGCAAUAAAGGACAGUGGUGACCUUAAAGAAUACCUCCUGGAUGCACCAGUAAGCUCCAAAACAAAAGUUAAGAAAGAGCCAGCCAAGGAAGAAAAAUUCACAGAUGUUGUACUUCGCAAAAGUACAAAACCAACUACUCCAACCAAAGGGCAUGACAAAACAACUGCUGGUGAUGUUAAGAAGCCAGUCAGAAGGAAGGGGAAAGAACAAGGGCAGGCAGAAGAAUCAACAGAGGCAGGAGCUCUUCUAAGUGUGCCUACAGCCCCUGCCCCAGCAUCACCUGUAUCCCCAGUGGUUGAAGAAACCCCCAUUGGGUCAAUAAAGGACAAAGUCAAAGCCUUACAACAGAAAGUAGAGGCAGAGCAAAAGAGUAAAAAGGUCACUGGAAGCAAGCCUUCACAAUUGCCUGUUAUGAGCAAACCCUCUCCAAAAGCCAAAGAAAGCCCUAAAUCAAAGCAGGGCCCAUCUAAAUCUCCCAAAGCUGAAUCUGAAAAACUUGAGGAAACAAUGUCAGUUAAAGAGCUAAUGCAAGCAUUCCAAACAGGGCAGGACCCCUCAAAGAGAAAGUCUGGGCUAUUUGAGCUCAAAACAUCCACUACAUCAAGAUCUGAAAAAACAACAAAAUCAGAAACUAUCCAGUCAAAAUCUAUGACCAAAGCAAUAACCUCACGUGUCUCUCAAGAACGAGAAGUGUCUUUGGAUUCCAAACGUCGCAAGAAAGAGACAAUUCAGCAAGUGGGAGAGAUGGAAACCAAGUCAGUUGCUGCCGCUCAUUCAGAGCUAACUGAGACUGUAGACUUUGGAAAUGGUGGCCUUGAUGAUAGCCCUGACAGUUUAAAACAUGAGGGUGCGGCGGACUCACUAAGUGCCAGUUCUGGAGAUGGAACCCCUCAUCUGAGCUCUGAGGACAGUUACAAACAUGAGGGUCUUGCCACUCCAGGUACAAGCCCAGAGAGUCUUUGUCUAUCUCCCAAAACUGGACAGCAGACCUCUGCAACUUCAACAAUUGCCACAACAGUCAAAAAAGAAAGUAAAGACACAGAGAAGUCUGGAGACUCUGGUGUAGGGACCACUGGUGACCAACUGUCUGCCGAGUUGACUCUCCCUGCUUCUUCAAGCGAGGCUGCAGAUGAUCACACUACAACAGGUUUGCAUGAUGGAUCCCACAGCAAAGAGGUCAAGAGCACAACAAGAACAGCAGCCACUGUCACUUCAGAGGGACCUCACCACUCUGUCUCAGACCAGCAUCAUUCAAAAUCAGAAAUGGAAAUUGCAGAGCAACAAAGAGUCCCACCAUCUGUAAAAGCUGAUAAAGACAGUACAACCAAAAAGUCUACUGUAACAUCAAACACUGAAAACAGGACUGAUGAGCAAAAGGAGGAGAGUUUAAGGAAUUCAAGAGACAACAAAGGAGAUGAUAAGGCUGGCCAAGAGUUAAGUGUUAGCAGGCUACAGACUGGUACUCCAAAACAAGGUAGCAAUGUAACAGAUGAAGCGAAAGGAGAUCACAAACAACACACAACAGAACCAGAGGCUGGAUUCAGUGAUACUGUUGCCAUGGGUCAAACAACUGAAAUGGUCAAACCACAGGUUAGUAUUUAUUAUGAGACAGAGGAGGAUGAUGAGGCACUGGAACCACCCAGAACUGAGUCAAAAGGUGUCACUGCAAGGGACACUGACUCAUGGUCUGCCAUGCGAGAGGACGAUGCCACUUUUGCAGCUCGUGUCAAAGAGGAGGAACAGAAGAUACUGAAUCUCGUGGUGGACCGUCAAGCAACUCCAGACACAACACCUGGUAGAACACCAACAGAAGAGAGCACUCCGACCAGUGAGCCCAACCCUUUUUUAUUCCAAGAAGGGAAGCUCUUUGAGAUGACCCGAAGUGGUGCUAUUGACAUGACUAAGAGGAGCUAUGAGGAAGAGGGGGGUGGCUUUGCUUUUUUCCAGAUAGGUGAACAGCCCUUUGAUGAGCCUCUUUUAGCAGAGGCCAGGCAAGAAGAUAGGGCAUCAGCAGCAGAACCUGAAGUUGGCCUCAAUCUAACGCUAGAGAUUAAGACUGAGGAGAGUGAGAAAUCAAAAGAUGCAACUGAUUCCCAGCUUCAGUCCCCACCUGAAGGUAAAGCAGAUGCCUCCAAAUCUAAAAUCCCUAAAAUGGGAAUUUCCGCUUCAACCAAACCUACUAAGAAAGAUCAGACUUCCCCCGAAGGUCUAGAGACUAAAACAGACAUAAAUGUAAAUGAAGGAUGUUUAGAUGUAGACACACAUUCCCCUGACCAAAUGAUAACAACUGUACAGACAGCCGAAACUACAGUCACUAGAUCAGUUUACUCGGAGCAGGGCCAAGAGUCCUCUGAUUCAUCUCCAGAAGAACCACAGUCAGUGAUAGAAGCUCCCAAACCAACAGGAAAGUCCAAACAAAGUCCUUCCAGUAGUGUUAAAAAGACGCCAGUCAAAACACAAACUAAGUCUGCUUCACAAGGUCGGGCUAAAUCCUCAAUUCCUUCUCCAUCUCAUACAACCUCUUCUUCAACCACCCUUAAAAAAGAGUCCUCCUUCAUUUCUGAAUCUAAAUCUAGAAUUCCCAUCAAGGCUAGCACUUCAAAGCCUGAUUCUACCGUCAAACGUGCUGAGUCUACCCAAGACAAAAAGCUAAAGGUGCCUGUAAAAAAAGAUUCAAGGAGAAAAUCUGAGACAGAUGCAGGUCCCUCUGUGGAUAUCAAAACAAAGAAAACAUCUUCAAAAGCCAAGAGCUUCUGUGAGGGGGAGUCUAGCAGGCCGCCUGCUAAAAAAGAACAGGGUCGCCCAUUGAGUGCUGAGUCAAAAUCUAAAGGCUUCCAGUCCAGACUGCCAGUUCGUGGCAAAAGUGCUCAGUUAUCUCAUUCAACAACACCCACUAAAGAGAAAAGUGAACAGUCAAUCGAGUUCUUUGAAGAGAUAAGCGAUGAAGCAGCAAAACUUGUGGCGAGGUUGGCGCAGGCAGAGACCGAGAAAGAACAAGAGGCUGCAGCCGCCAACUCAGAUGAUGAGAGCAGUCUCAUUGAUCCAUCAAUCAUAGAAAGGGAAUCUUUCCCUGAGAUGCAGUUCCCUCCCUCAGGAGACGUCUUUCCCAUUAGACCACUGUGGGACGAUCCUGUUGAGACACAGAUGCAGCGCAUCCCAGAUGAUAAAGUCCAAAGUCAAGUAGAUCCACAGGAUGAAGCAGAGAGAAAAGAGCAACGGUUGGCCAUUAUUGCCGACCACCUGGGCUUCAGCUGGACCGAGUUGGCACGAGAACUGGAUUUCAGUGAGGAGAGGAUCAACCUGAUAAGGAUUGAAAACCCCAACUCACUGCAAGACCAAAGUCAUGCCCUUUUGAAACUCUGGGCAGAGAGGGAGGACAAGCAAUCCACAGAAACAACACUGAUCAAAAGACUAACUAAGAUCAACCGAAUGGACAUUGUUCACCUCAUUGAAACCAAGAUAAUCAAGUCCAGCCAAGAAGAGACAUCAUCACAUACCUAUGCAGAAAUAGAGAGGACCAUAGCAUUGGAUCAUAGUGAAGGUUUCUCUGCCCUUCAUGAAGACAUUGACAGCCCCAGGCCAGGCAGGCGUACAGAGGCGGCUCGUAGCAGUCCAGGCUCUGGAGCAGAGGUCCCCAUGGUGUCAGCAGAGGACCUGUCCUGCAGUUUGUCAUCACUUCACGAGACAACGGGAAGACCAGAGACAGACUCCGCUGCAACAGGCCUUCUUAGAAGUGCCCAGAAAGGCAAACUACCAAAAGACAUGGAGACAACACCACACUCAUCAGAAAGAGUAUAUGAAGAAUUGACAGACACCGUACAUACAGGCAGUUUUAAACCAGCUUCACCUCAGAUGACACCAGAGGAAACGCAGUUUCAAACAAACGAUGUGCAAAACAAGCUAUUGUCUGCUACUACAGUGUCACAAGACACCAGUAAAAUAGGUGUGGUGUUCACCGAUGAACCAAUGAAAUCAGUUCCCUUACAGCUCCCUGAGCAGAAACCAUGCACAACCCACAGAGUUGAUACUCCCAUUCUACUACAUGAGUGCUCUGAGUUGGAGUUGUCCCAGGAGAAAGCACAGACCACUGAGCUGUUUUCACCGAUGUCUACUCAGUUUUUGGUACCACCAGAUUAUGAAGCAGUAUUUUCAGGACAUCAAACUCUGAGAGUUUCUGAAUGCAGCCCAGCCUCUUUGGAUGACUUUAGUCCAUUGUCUCCAGUAUUCAGUGACUCAGUUUCAGCUCAGAAUGUGUCUGAAGCCACCACAAAAGAGUCUGAAAAUGCUACAGACUUUGAAUUUUCCCAGGAUUCUAACAGAGUCCUCUCAGAAUUUGAGAAAACAGUCUCCGAAUUUGAAUCAGAUGAUCCAAAGGUUCUACCAAAGAAGCUCAGAAAGGCAUCAGAAUGCUCACAGCACUCUGACUCAGAUGUGGAGUUCUUCGACUGCACCUCGGAACCAGAACAAGUGAAACUGCAACAUGAGAUGACCUAUCAUAUCUCUGAGCCUCCAUCCCCAAUGCCCGGGUGCAGCCCUGAUGUCGGCUUUCUAAAAGACAACCCUCAAUACGCUGCUCACCAUUUCCUCCGUGUGGAAGAUUACAAGCGCUUCUCGUCUGGUAGUGAAUGUCUCAGUGAAUUGGCUUUUGAUUCAGAGGACAAUCUUCCCGUGUGUGAGGAGCUUCCUUCCAGAGAUCAGGCAGGGUAUUCUGAUGAUGAUGACUUCCUGGGAAGGGAGAUAGCAGAGGAGCUAGGGUUCCUGUCUUCUGAUAGCUCAGAGGAGGAGGUGCUGACCACCAGGGUGGUCCGACGCAGAGUUAUCAUUCAGGCAGAUAACCUACCUGAUAUCCCUCCACAAACUGUCACAGAGGAGAAGUACAUAGAUGAACAAGGCAACAUGGUGGUUAAGAAGAUCACACGGAAGGUGAUUCGUAAAUAUGUGUCAGCAGACGGCAUGGAGACACAGGAGGUGACCAUCGAGGGCUCUCACCAGGAGACGGUGCAGAUCGAGGAGGGAGACUCCGUCUCCAGAGUGGUGAAGAGAACUGUGCUUCACAGUGAGGGAGAUCAGAAAGAGUUGACCUUCUCGGAGCCUCUGGCCCUGGGCGCCGCCACAGCAUCAGACUUUGAGGUAGAGCCAGUGCAAGGUCGAAAGGUCAGCAAGGUUGUCAAGACAACGGUGGUGAGAGGUGAGAGGAUGGAAAAGCAUUCGGGAGACCCUUCCCUGGCUGCAGACCUCCCCUCAGCCAGACAGGACUUUGAGAAGGCAUUGAGUUAUGCUGGAGGCUUUGGGAAAGUGCUCCUGCCUCAUGUAGUAGAGAGAGAGGUUGUUCAGGACGACGGUUCUGUGGUUAAAAGAAGCCAGAUGCGUAAGUCGAGGACCCAGAAGAGGACUGUGGUGAGGGAUGCCCAGGGGAAGCACGUGCACCUGGAGCGCCUGGACGACCAGCCGGACGCCCUGCAGCCCGACGCACUGCACCAGCACCUGCACCGCCUGCUCCAACGCUACUGUGAGGACGACCAGGAGGAGGAGGAGGAGGAGGAGGAGGAGGAAGAGGAGAACUUUGAAUGAGGAGCUGCUUCCACUGAUCUUCACCUAAUCUUUCACUGAAGCUUUUGAUGCCGUACUCCACAGAUCAAGAUGUUCCAGAUCCCCUUCUUGUUGUCCUCGCCGACUACUGGAUUAAAGUUUUUGUUUUGUUGAAUAAUGGAACAGUAAUUUCGUGCUUUAACACUCUUUCUUCCUUCACAUUGUGUUUCAUUUGCUCUUUUUGUGACCAAAGAUGGCACCCUUCAUUUUUGUCAAAAGAUGAUUUUAGUUUUGACCUUCUGGCUGCUGUGGUGUGAUACGGUACGACGCACCAAAGGAUCAAAGGGACAUCUUGGACAUUUUGCCUCACGCACAGGCCUCUUCUUGAAGAACUCUUGUAAACAUUUGUACAUAGAGCAGAUGAAAAACAUCAUGCUUGAGCUGGGGGGAAAAAAGUAAAAAAAAAAAAAAAAAAAAUCAAAGCAUUUAAUACAAUUAGCCCACGUUAACCUGCUGUACAUGCACCGAUUGAGCUGGAGAAUGGCCACCGUACAGAUGAGAUUAAUGUUCCAUAGGAGUGAAUGUGUGAAUCACCAUGGACUCUUUAUACAGCCAAACAUACGCCUGCUGAUCUGUUUACAAAGGCUGUGUGAUCACACCUUUUGUCUUCCCAUGAUGCAUCUGACCUUUUUUUGUUUAUGUGUCUGUCUUUCUAAUGUGUGUUGUGCAUUCACAUUUUAUCUGUCACAGAGCUGCCACUGCUGUGUGUGUAUAUACAGUGUGUCUAUUGAGAAAGAAAGUAGUGUGUAAUGAGGAAUGUUUUGCUGCAGAUCAAGCACUUACCCCCGUCCCUGUAGCUCCUACCGUCCCUGUAGCUCCUACCAUCCCUGUAGCUCCGACCGUCCCUGUAGCUCCUGCCGUCCUUGUCCUCACCUCAUGGACUUGUCCUCCAUUAAGCUUUUUAAAGGAGAGGGCUGGCUGUAUUUUCUUGUUGUCAACUAAUCUCAUGAACGGAGCCAAACCAACAGCAAAUCAACCCACCAACAAUAUUUUGUGUGUAUCAAAGCCUCAUAAAUCUUCUUCCUCUGUGCCAUAAAGCCCCACUGUCGUCAAAGUCAGUUUAUUAUAUAACUCAGUACUACUAAGCCUGUAGAAACUGUGUCAACUCUGAGAUUGUAACCCUGAUGAUGUCAUAGUGAUGUCAUCAUGGAGAGAAAUACACACUUUUAACCAAAACCCUGUUUUACAAGCUGCCCUUCUGUUAUCAGACGUUUAGGGUCUAAUAAAAUAAUGCAUUAUGGGAAAUGUAGGCGUCCUUUGACUAGUUGGUCGACCGAUACAGGUUUUUUAAGGACGAUGCCGAUACCGAUGAUCUUGACAGCCAAUAUUGCCUUUUCUCCUCCAUUUACAUGAUAAAAAUGACACACAAUAAUAACAAAUGUUACACAAGUAAGUCAAUUUUAACAAAAAAAGGAACAUUUUUUAACAAAACAAAUAAAACACAGCCGAUGCGGCAAAUAUCGAUAUAUCGGCCAGCUGAUAUAUCAGUCGACCUCUACUUUUGACUAACAUUAGGCACUAAGAAACAGGAUCGCUCUGCCUCGGCUUUAUAGAACUUAAUGAAAGUGCAAUCUAAAAUCACUUUUCCAUUUGAACCUUCGAAGGUUUUCAUGGUUUCUCUUUAUUCUGAAUGAUGCGAUUAGAAGAGUCUUUAUUUAGCUCGUCAUUGCUGCAUGUUGUUUUUCACCAAUGAACACAUUUUAAUUGAUGUUUUAAUGUUUUAAUGCAAGUUUUAAUUACAUACGUUCCAGUUUUCCCUUUAAACAUACAUCUAUUUAUUUCUGCAAAUAACAAGGCUUACUCAUCAUAAUCUUAUUAUAAUAUAUAAUAACAAUAAGUCAGUUGUUCUGUCCCAAGAACCUAAAGGAACGUCCAUCCAUUUUCCUCCGCUUAUCCGGGGCCGGGUCGCGGGGGCAGCAGCAUAUUGCCUAUCAAAAGCCCUAUUUGUAAAAUAAUCACAGUGACCAGCUGUUUAAGGAAAAGACUGGGCCAUUUUUAAAUAAUCAGACUAUAUUUUGGUGAGCCAAAGAUGAACAUUUCCCAUAGGAACCUGCAGGUUUGGGUCUUUUCAUGGGGUUGUUGACAAUAAUAAAAUAUAGAACAUCAGACUCAUCCUUUAGGAUUUAGACACCAGACGAAGCAUAGAGAAGCUUUGCUUUAAUUGCUCUUGUUGAUUUGAUUUUCUUGUUAUCACUGCUAUCAAAGAAUUGACACAUCAAGCUAAAACCCAAGCUAAGGCCACUUCCACUGACUUCAGUCAUCACAUACAUGUACUGUACCUCCUUAUUUAUUUAUUGCCGUCCAUUUGUGAUCCCUGUUUACUCCAGCAGUUGAUGCUGAGAGCGCUGUGUGUGUGUGUGUGUGUGUGUGUGUUUGGGUGUGUGUUUGAAUGUGUUCUGGAUUUAAAAGUAAAGACAAAUGAAGAUUUAUUGCCAUCAUAGCUGAACAGGAUCUGGUUUGAAAGCUGGCUGAAUUGUGUACAGACUGAUAAAGUACGUUUCGUGUCCAUCUGCAGACUUUAUCCAUGUAACAAUACGAUCCUAACGUUGACGUUUACUUUGUGUGUGAUCCAAUGGAAGAAUAAAAGAAAUGUCAAAAAGAGACCACUGAUUUGAUAAAUGAGCAUCUUGUUUCCAUGGUGAUAACAAUAUAUCCUUACUAACAGUGCAAAUAUCUACGCGGGCAUGUAAGACUUUAUCAAACGAUUACUAAAAAAUAAACCUGAAACGCUAACAAGGCAUAGCAGCUGCAGUGUGUAUAUGGCAGAACAAUAAACUGUACAUGUGUCAAA